UGCUUUACGUCAUCACUGCUAAAUUGAUUGACCAUUAAACAAAUAAAAGCACAAACGCAACUUAGUUAUUAAUUUGUUGGCCGGUAGUCGCUUUAGGGGGGUAGGGGGUGAGAUGCUAAUACAUGUGUAUCUGUGGGGUGGUAUAAUACAAGACGAAAACCACUUGAACGUGGAACAUUAACCGGUGACAGGUGUCUGUCCGUGGUCUGCAGGGAGGUUACCAUGGUUGCACGGCGUCACAACCAUAGAGACCAUCGUCGAUAUCUUCUACGUCGUGAUAACCACAUCUCGGAAUGGUAUCAUUUCUCAGUAGCAGUUGGUGGUUGUUUCCAGAUUCAUAAGCGAAAGAAAAUGGACCACUAAAGAGUGCAUCAGAUGGACAGGAAAGGACCAAGAGGGGAUGGACUUCUACAGAUGAAGCUGUGAAUGUCAGUAAUGGAUUCAUUCAUCUUCUUCAUUGUUGUUGCUUUGAUACAUUGUGCACUGUUCUUCUUUGACACUUUGUUCAAGAGUUGCUCCCACUAUCCAUAUUUAUAUUUCCUAGAAAACACAGGCCUCCAAGUUGAGGCGUUCAGAUUACGAUGGUUCACAACAGCUUUCAACAGAUCUCUCCAAAAAUGUGGAUCAUGGAGACCGAAACUUUUGGACUUAUGGUUUACUCUUGGAACAAGAUGUUCCUUGGCAUUGCUGCCAGUAGCAGUGUACAUCGUUGUCAAGACUGCAUUGAAUGCGUGGCAGAAAAGCACUGGGACUGGCGAUGAAAAUCCAUCACUCGUAUUGGAACCUAUGGUCCCAGGAGUUAAUUUACCAAUAAGUGACAUUGGUUAUUAUGUCGCAACACUCGUCAUCUGCAGUGUUGUACAUGAACUCGGACAUGCCAUCGCUGCAGUAAGGGAAGAUGUUCACGUUGAUGGCAUUGGGCUCAUAGUUGUGUUCAUUAUACCUGUCAUGUACGUGCACCUCAACACACAGCAGUAUGAUUCGCUCCCUCCGAAGAGGCAGCUUCGUGUCACAUGUGCUGGUGUUUGGCACAAUGUUGUUCUCACUGCUGCCGCCGUAUUGUUGCUGAUUCUACUUCCAGUCUUUCUGUAUCCAUUCUAUGACACUGGGACUGGCGUUAUUGUCCAGAACAUUCAACAGGAUUCGCCCGUAAUGGGUCCAUCAGGACUGCAAACAGGAGACAAGGUUUUGGCUCUGAAUCAGUGCCAAGUUAAAGAUUCUGACGCGUGGUAUCAUUGCAUUGUGUCUGCAGUAAAACAUGCAAGUCCUGGCUACUGCGUCUCUUCUGAGCUGGUUAAGGAGCACGAUGAAUCUGUGGCAGCAAAAGAGCUGCCAGGUGGCGCAAUAGAAUGCUGCGGUGCGAAUAGUCCGGAUCAUCUCUGUUUCGAGUAUCUGGACACGGAAGAAAAGAUGCCAGAACUACCGCAGCACACUUGUCUACCUGGUCGUAUCGUGAUGGAGACUACAGAUGAGAUGUGUGUAGCAGCUAACGAUUGUAGCGUAGGCUUGCAUUGCCUGAAACCUUCCUUGGAUAAUCACACGAGACUCGUACGAAUAAAGCGCGCUAAUGGCAAAUUGGUGAUUUUUCUAGGUCAUCCGAGUGAAGUUUAUCACACGGUGCAGGUUAGUGAUUUUGUGCCAUUAUACCCUUUUAUUCCGUCAGCAGUUCCCGAUGUAAUUGCGCAAAUGUGCAGAUACCUGGCAGUGUUCUCGGCUGGUCUUGCAAUCAUAAACAUAAUUCCAUGCUUCUAUUUUGACGGUCACUAUAUCAUUCAAGCAGUUUCCAACAUUCUUCUUGCAGGUAAAUUUAAACAUAAGAGUGUGCGGACUGCAAUAGCUCUCUGCAUUACUAUUUGUGGUACUGUGUUUGUGUUUGGAAAUCUCUUAUCCAUUAUAUUGUCUGCAGUUUUCUAAAUUUAUUUAUAUCUGUAAUGAAAGCUGUAUUAUGUCAUGACUACAUAUAAAUCUGCUGUGCUAUGAGAAGGUACUUACCAACCCAUGCGAGGGCAAUUAUUGGAGGCCACAAAAAGCACUGAAUCAUGAAGUGAUGUUAUAGAAUUGAGUAUGAAAAUAAAACCAGUCAAGUACAGCCUGCUGCAUUUCGAUGCCAAUUUGAAGCCGGCAUCUUUUGAAUGCCUUCUUCAGAGAUUUGACAUACAUUCUUCUGGAUUUAUUUCUCAUAGUCUUCUGAUGAAACUUAUUGUACGCAAUGUGGUUGCAUGUGACCACCUUGAAUUGGUUUAUUUAGAUGUCGGAGUAAAUGAAAAUCACACAAACAGGGGCCUCUGGAAACCUAAACCUUACCAGAAUAUAUUUUGGCCUUGAAUUUGUUCUCGUGGGAACCAGAAAAUUUUAUUAAUGCUCCAUUUCUUUAGCUCUGAUUCAUAGAUGUGAUUCCACAUUUCAUGUCCAGCCACAAGAUCACUGGAUUUAUACUGAUUUAUCUUCAUUUAUCACCCUUGCGUUCAAACUGUGUCACAGCUGUAUUAUAUUUGUCAUCAUGUUGAAUUGUAAUUUUCGUAAUCAGGUGUGAAGUUUGUAUUUGAUUUUGUGUAUUUAAGUAAUAAUUAGAUGCACUGAUAUUAAUGAUUCUUGGCCAGCAGUUUUCUCAUGAAUAAUACAGUUAUCAGAUGUAAAAGUUGUCAAAGUCUUUUUCUGGUCUCAGGAUUUCUCCCUCUCCCCUGCAUAGCCAAAUAAAUUUGGCACACCGUAAUUCUUGAACACAGUUACUGUAGAGUUCUUAACACCGUUAGAAAUGACAGAUAUCUUUAUAAAUUGUCAUGCAGUGAGGGGUAUAGUGUGGCCCUGGUCCAUUUGAUCCAGAUAAUGUUUAUCCCAGUUCAGUGCUCAAAUCCAUAAUACCCCAUAAAAAUAAAGUGAGGCCUAUAAUUCAUGUUAUAAUGUAAAAGGAGGAUGCGGUAAGCAUGGCAUAAGAACUGCAAUCAAAAUUCUACACAUAAAACUUCAAGGGACUCGGGAGACCUAGUGUGGAUGGUAGGAUAAUAUUGAAAUUGAUUUUAAAAUAGGGUGAAAGGAUGUGGAUUGGAUUCAUUUGGGUUAGGCUGAACAUGGUAAUGAACUUCCAGGUUCUAUAAAAUUCAGGAUGUUUCUUGACAAACUGUGUGAGAAAGAGUUUCUCAAGAUGAAUUCUCUUCCAUGGAGUUCGUUACACCAUUUUAUAUUACACACAAUUAAGUUUAAUGAAUAUUAUAGAUACAGCUGUGUAAAUAUAUGUACAAAGAAACUGGAAUAUCUUCUUUAUAUCAUCUGCUGAAAGCCACAUUCUGCCGUAACUGUUUGAGUUGACGUUCCCCGUGAUAAAUUAGCAUCUUUAUUGUAUACUGAAAGAGGAAGAAAGUGACAGAUCUGAUUACGUGUACAUAAAAAAAGUAUAACUUGAAAAAUCAUCCAACUCUCGGUACAGUAGCACUUCAUUCUUUUAAUUUUGCCAUUAUUUUCCACAAUAUUGCAGUAUACAAGUUCACAAAGAUAUUGAAAAAUAUUUCUUUUUCCCUCCCCAUGUUUGGCUUUGUCACACAAAACUGAUCAAUGAGACUUAUAUGAUAGAUCGUAUUUAGCUUUUAUCAUACAAAUAUAUGUAACUGAAGCCCCCAGCUAUGGGGCUGCCAUCUGGUAUUUUUAUUUCAUUUAGCAGUAUGCUACUGUGAUGCACAGCCAGGUGGAUUGUGUAUAAAUCUGUUAGUCGAUAAAGAUUAAAUGUGAGGCCAAGCAACAAAGUUUGACCUUAAAAACUAUUCCUGUUUCAUGAAUUAAAAAAUUUGAAAGUCCA